AUGGCUUCCGCCACCCAAUCGCCAGAGCAGCGUGAGCUGGCUCUGAUCGGCAAAGUCGAAAUGCGCAUAGCACUCGCCGAUACAGACAACAAAUUGGAGGCCAUUCUCAAGACCUACUUGCCUCCGAUACUGCUAAAACUCGCAUCGGAACACGUCACCGUACGCAACAAGGUCAUCUCAGUCUGUCAACAUAUCACUACAAGAACGAAACCGAGCUCGGUACAACUCCCGGUUGCGGCUCUGGUCAAGCAAUUCCAAGAGCAGGAGAGCUCAUUCGUGCGUCACUUCGACCUACUUUACAUCCAGCAAGGCGUUGGUCGGCUAUCAUCAUCAGAAAAGGCUCAAGUGCUCCCGGUCGUUCUCGCUGGUAUUUCGAAGAGUGGCAGCCACGGACCUCAGAUCUUCAACUUGCUAUUACGACUUCUCGAAUCCUUCACGUUACCACCCAGAGGAAGCAAAGAAGAUUCGGAGCUCCGCCAGCAACUUGGCGUUUCGGAUGCGGACGCUGGAUACGUGGCCACGUGGAUCGGCAAGUUCAUCCUCUUCACGCCGCAGAAGGGUACGAGUAGCAAUUGCCCGGGAUUAAGUUCUGAAGAUUAUGCUUUCAUCAGCAUGCAGAACAAGGAUGAUCUCUGGAGUCCGGCAUCUGGUGGCCUCAAUCUGCUAAGAACGAAAGUACUCGCAGCCCGACUCUUAUCUAGCGGUUUAUUCAAUGACCAGGAGCGCUUUUUACCAGCAAUGUGUGCGUCUGCGGAUCCGGCAUCGACGAUCAGUGACGUUGGCGACGACAUAUUGAAGCGUGCAAUGCCUGUGACAGAUCUAGAAGACGAGGCCUUGGUUCGAACAUUCUUCUACUUAUAUUUCGGAGUCGAUGGUACGCCACGAGUGCGCCCGCCGCUGAGGUUGAAGAUUCUUGGCCUCCUCAACAAAUCUACUCACAGCACUACAUUCUCGCACUUCAUCAUGCAGAUAGUCGAUGACGGCGUCGCACAGCCAAAUUUGGACGGCGACGAUACAAUCAUGUCCAAUUCUUCUUCAAGUAUAAGUAACGCUGGACGAGAGAUUACGAAGCUGCGGGCGGCAAUUUUUCAAUACGUCGACUUUGUGGCGCGGUACGGCUCAGUCGACAGCUUACAUGCCAUAGCUCCACGAGUCAUAACACGACUACGAGACUUCAUCGAGAAUCAAGGGUGGCCCAAAACGGGGCCGAACGAGGAUAUAGUCUCAAGAGGCUACGCAUAUGAAGUCGUUGGAUUACUUGCGAAAGCUGGAGCCCGAGAAGUCCUGGUAGAAACGGAGCAUGCUUCCCUCGACUUGGUCCGUUGGCUGUUCGAAUCACUGGCAAAAGACUCCACUGGGACUUCUUUGGUUGUCAGCAUUGAGGAAGCGCUCUCCACAGUAUUGAGUGCACUGUCUCGGAUCGAAUUGACUGCAGAGGAGCAAGCUGUUCUAGAGGACCUUCUCACCGAGCAAAUGCACCAGUCAGCCGACCUGGAAGGCAAUCAGCGGCUGCGGAGCACACGAUAUGUUAGCAUACGGUUUGCCAAUCGCUGUCUGCCAUACUCAUCGAUUAAAGCAAGAUGGGUCGAUGUACUAGGGCUGGGUGCUACGAACGAUCGAGGUGAAGUGCGCGAGGAAGCUGAGCGAGGUCUUAGCCCAUACUGGUAUGGUAUGCUCAAUGGCUCUCUAGGUACUGUUCAACCGCAGCAGCUACAAUUCCCAACAUUCGAUGCCGCUGUCAAACAGCUGUUUUCUGGAAACACAACCAAUAAUGCGAAGGAACCCAUGGCAGUAUCUGUACAGGCGAAACGAUCACAUCCACAAUCCUUCAGCCAUAUGACUGCGUUUGCUCGACAUGUGCUAUACAACGAAGCCAUGACUCAACAUGGCGCUCCGGCCAACUUGGAUAGCGAGUGGGAGAGACGGAUCGAUGCAGCGGCUGAAAGUGAUGAGACAGCACGAAGUUCCAUUAGGCGAUACGUUGCGGAGAGCACUUCCCUGAGCUCUGUCAAGAUCUUGGCCAGUGCCCUUUUCACUAGCCUCACAGAUGCGACUGGCCCGUCUACUCAAGGAACACCACUGGUCGAGCUGCUCUCCCUUUGUCCAGAUGCCGUGAUCGAGGUCUUGCUACCGCAUACACAGGAACUCAUGCCUGUUCUACAAAGCAACAACCACUCCCGUCGCAUGACGGCAGCACAUGUUUAUGGUCUAUUGUCUAGCCACCUGAAAGCUCCGGUCUCGACUGUAGAGUUGCAAUUGCAUCACCUUGAGGCCGUUGUUCACAAGUGGGAUACAGCCAUCGGCGCUGCUGCAAACCAAGUUCAUGGUUGCGCAAUCGGCCUCGGCUACUACUAUAGUAGAAAAUCGUACCGAACGCAGACCGCGGUCAGUGGCGACGAGCCAAUGGCCUAUCUCAAGAAUAUUGUUGAUAUCACCACGUCCUCCAAAGACAGCAACCUACUGGAGGCUGCGCAUAUAGUACUUGGUCAGAUGUGUAUGUUUGGUGCUGUGACUCUGGAGCAGUUGAGUGGCCUUACAGAGUUCAAAAUGCUCGUCGACAAGGUAUAUGACACUGCCAAGAGCGGCAACGAAACCGCAGUUCUGGCACUAGGUCAAUUGUCGAUGGUGCUGCCUGAAGAUAAGGGCAAAGAAGACUCCGAUCUGUCACAAAUCGAGGAGGCUAUACAUAAGCUACAUGAGAUCAAGCAAGCAGAAGCACAUUUCGCGGUUGGCGAAGCCUUCAGCUACAUUGCCUCAGGAUGGCAAUCGAGUGCCUUGGCGACGAAGCUUGACAUCAUUGGCGAAAAGCCAUCGAGACCACUGCGAUCAUCUACACUGGCCCAUGUUGUCGACCGUGUCUUGAGCGAUUGCGGCAACACGAAACCAGCACUGAAGAAAGCCGCUGUGAUCUGGCUUCUGUGCCUCGUCCAGUUCUGUGGACAUCAGGCUGAAGUACAAGAUAGAUUAGGGAAGUGCCAGAUUGCUUUCAAGCGCUGUCUAGGUGAUCGAGAUGAGCUUGUGCAAGAGUCUGCCUCAAGGGGAUUGGGUUUGAUAUACGAGAAGGGAGACAGACGGCUGAAGGACGAUCUUGUCCGCGAUCUGGUGUCUUCGUUCUCAUCCGACAGAUCGUCUCAGCUUGCUGGAAACGUCUCUGCUGAUACGCAACUCUUCGAGCCAGGUGCGCUACCCACUGGAGAGGGCUCGUCAGUCUCGACGUACAAGGACAUCAUGAGUCUAGCUUCUGAAGUUGGCGACUCGAGUCUGGUCUAUAGGUUCAUGUCCAUGGCCUCAUCUAACGCCAUCUGGUCCAGUCGAGCGGCGUUCGGCAGAUUUGGCUUGAGCAAUGUAUUGUCAGAUUCGAGCGUGGAUGGAUAUCUUGCCAACAACCCAAAGCUAUACCCCAAGCUUUUCCGCUACCGCUUCGAUCCGAACAGUGGUGUGCAGCGAUCCAUGAACGAUAUCUGGAACGCUUUAGUGAAAGACUCUGCGGCUACAAUUGAUCAGCACUUCGACGCGAUCAUGGACGAUUUGCUUGUGAGCAUUGUUGGCAAGGAAUGGCGAACAAGGCAAGCUAGCUGUGCGGCAGUCGCAGAUCUUGUGCAAGGUCGAUCGUUAGACAAAUACGACGAAUAUCUGGAACGUAUCUGGACGCAAUGCUUCAAGGUGCUUGACGACAUCAAGGAGUCUGUGCGAGCUGCUGCUGCGUCUCUGGCCAGGGUGUUGACUGGCGUCUUGACCAGAGCACUCGAGGCGGACCAUUCUGCGACAAAGAACGCUUCUGCUAUGCUCAAACACGUCUUGCCAUUUCUGCUUUCCACCUCUGGUAUGGAGUCCGGUGCGCAAGAAGUGCAAGGCUUUUCGGUGAGCACUUUACUCGAGAUCAUCAAAAAGGCCAAUGGCAGUACUCUUCGGCCGUUCAUACCGGAGCUCGUAGAACGGCUCGUCGGAUCACUCAGUACACUCGAGCCAGAGGCCGUGAACUACCUUCAUCUGAACGCUUCCAAGUACAAUCUGACCGAGCAGAAGAUCGACGACAUGAGGCUAUCGAGCAUCAGAUCAAGCCCUCUGAUGGAAGCGAUCGAGCGGUGCCUGGAUCUGCUUGACGAAGAAUCGAUGCAACAAUUACAGCCCAAGCUUGAGAGCGCAAUGAAAAGUGCGGUGGGCUUGCCAUCGAAGGUGGGAUCGAGUCGUGUGCUGGUCUCAUUGAGUACGCGAAGGCUUGCUGUGUUCAGACCGCACGCCGACUACUUCCUUCGGCUUAUCGAGAAAGUCUCGCUUGACCGCAACGACACUGUCUCCAGCUCAUACGCUGUGGCUGCAGGUUAUCUUGCCCGAGCAGCUUCCGACAAGCAGUUCUUAAGACUAAUGGCAUUCGCGAAGCGCCUGUACUUCGAUUCGGAAGGCGAUCGGGAGGCUGUCACGCCUCGCCGUAGCAUUCUGUCCGGAGAGAUCACGUACGCAGUCACGAAGCACGCUGCAGACCGCUUUAACGCACUCGCAUCAUCGGCUAUGCCAUUCGUGUUCAUCGCUAAGCAUGACCAACACGAACAAGUGAAAGAGCAAUUCCAAAAUGCUUGGGAUGAAGUCGUGGGCGGUACACGCGCCGUGGCUCUUUACCUUAGCGAGAUUGUCAGCUUGAGCAACGAAUACUUGGACUCACCACAAUGGGUGCUAAAGCAUACAUCGGCUCGUGCGAUAGCAGACGCCGCCACGCUUGUAGCCACCCUGGAUUCGAAGCAGAUGUCGCCUGAGCGCGCAGCCACUGUAUGGGCGGCGCUCGAAAAGGCAAUCGGUGGUAAGACCUGGGAUGGCAAGGAGGUCGUACUGGCCGCAUUCAGCGUGUUCGUCCAGAACAGUGCCUCAUACUACAGCAAGCAUCCAGAGAUUGCAUCGAAUAUCGUCAAGAUUACCGUACGCGAGGCCAAAAGACAGAAUCCAGCAUAUCAACCGUAUGCCAUCAAGGUCCUAGGUGAGGUUGCGCUUGCUCGCACGGACGUCGAUCUGUUCCAGACAGUCUUCGGUAUCACGCAACCACUUCUUGAGAAAGACGCAGACGGUGAAGCCAUGGACGUUGACGGAGAACGACCCGGGCGGGAGGCAGACGAGCUAAGACAGGCGAUCUCCGCAGCCGCGGCGGAGACUCUACUCGCAUCCGUCAACGUGGUAGUCAUGGAUGAUGAAACCCUGGUAAACGCCAUCACACAGACUGCAGGCGCCUUGGUUUCGAUUCCAGCUCCGUCUACGUCAAUCCGGCGCUCAAUCUAUAGUGGCUUGAAAAAGCUGUUCGACAGAGUCGAGGAUUCCGACCGAGGCAAAUGCAUCAGCACCGAAGCAGCGGAUACGAUGAGACCGCUGUUAUUCGGCCCGGAUCCUGGAACAGAAGCCUUGAACCUAUCGAGAGCAGCGGCCAUCAUCUCCGUGGUCAAGGCUGUGCCUCACUGGGAAGUAAAAGAUCGAAUUCGCACCCUUGUCAGUGAAGAGAGGUCCGCAAAAGUUCGAGGCCUUCUUCAGACCGCCUAG